UCCCGCCCGCCGAAAAAAGGGAGUGAGAAUGAGAGAGAAACAAAUAUGGCCGACCACGCGCAAGAAUUCUUAAACAGCAUGGACUUUCCAAAAUUAUUGAAUGAAAUUCUUGCUGAACAGUUCAGUGAAAACCAUUUACCUGUUUUACAAUCGCUGACCAAUGCAUUAAGAAUCCAGGAUUACAGGUGCGCAAAGUUCUAUAAACGUGCCAACACUGUACUGUAGCUAAUCAACGUCCACAGCUCAGCUAACGUAAAUAUAGAUCACAGUGAGGAAGAAACAUUCCAGAAUCUCAUGAAGAUCCUGUCAAAGCUAUCAGAGGAAAUUCAGGCUGCAGGCAGAGAGGUUAAAGAGGUGAUCCUGCAGUUGACCACAGCGUGCUUCAGAGCCCAGAGGAAUGGCUGUGUACAGUGUGCACGGAACCAAUCUCUUUUGAGGUCCCUUGGUUUUAUUGACCUGUCAAUCAGAAUCUUAGACAUGCUUCUGAAACUGAAGGCUGAAAACAGUGACUACAUUUUAGAAGCCAUUCGAUGUGGGAUACAGUUCAUUGGAAACCUUGCUGUUGAUAACCAGUUCUGUAAAGAUGACAUAUGGAAACUCAUCUUUCCAGAUCUUCUCUUGGCGCUGCUGUGUCUAGAAGAUCACAGGGCGGCGGGCUACGCGUCCAUGGUGCUCCACACCUGUCUGGAUGGACUGAAGGUGGAGCAACUGGCUCAGCCAGGGAACAUUCACGUGGCCUUGAAGGUUAUGGACCUGUGUCGGACUCAGCCGGAGCUGGACUGGCCGGUUUUGAUUGCUACCCAGCACUUCCUCAAGUCCUCAGUGCUCGUUGUAAACAUGUAUUCAGGCAUGAGUUAUCGAGAGAGGGUGACGUUGUUGGAGCUCAUUUCAGCUCAGUUGGGUGAGGGGAACUCUGAGGACUGCGGGAUCUCCCCCAGUGUAGCCAGUUUCCUGGCAUCCUGCUUCCAGGAGUGUUGUGGGGCCGUGCUCACACUCGCCUCCGGGUCUGACGACGAGGAGGCUCUGACCGUGAUCAGCCUGUUAGAUGUUCUCUGUGAGAUGACAUCAGAUCACAAACAGUUCAUGUUCCUGCAGAACCACCCAGAACUCCUCAACUCGACAGUUGGUCUCCUGCAGCAGGUCCAUGCUCUGGGAAAGACCAGUAAGAAUGUUUUCACUGCAGCUCAGAACUUCUCCUUGGCUCAGGGCGGAGACGGCUCCUCCUCUCCUGCAGUCAGCUUCAAGGCCCAUCUCAUCCGUCUCAUAGGAAACCUCUGCCACGGAAACGCCGCCAAUCAGAAUAAGGUUAGGGAACUCGACUGUCUUCCUCUCAUUAUGGACAACUGCAGUAUUGACAGCAACAACCCAUUCAUCAGCCAGUGGGCCAUCUUUGCCAUCCGGAACAUUCUAGAACACAACCUGGAGAAUCAGAAGCUGGUGGCUGCUCUUGAACGUCAAGGCGUUGCUGAUGACUCUGCCCUGAGGGCCCUGGGCUUCCGAUUAGAGGAGAGAGAUGGAAAACCCGGGGAGGGCGUCAGGCGGGCGGAAUGGGGCGGCCUUCACCGCAGUCUAUUCAACAACACGGGUCAGGAGAGAACCGCAGCGGGGACCUAAAGGUGCCCUCUGGAUCAGCGUUUCAGAAUCACCAGACAAACUUUAACCCCUGUGCUUAUGUGCCUUCUGUCCCUGUCAUCUUCCUGAAUGAUCUCCGUGCUACUUAAGGUCUCUCUGAUGGAUCAUUGUCAUUUUUACUGCUGAAUAAAGCCUUUGGACUGUGAUUAUGUUCUUAGAGUUUUUCCCACCCAAGAGAAACAGCCUGUCUUGCCUGAAUAAAAUUAAGCUUUUGUGUCUAAUGUUAGGGCUACAGUAUUUUUUUGCCAGGAAUCACCCAAAGAUAUUCCUAAGAUGAUCAUUUUCCUUUUUUGCCUGAUGUGCAAUGUUUCUCGCCCUAAAAGUUGGGGAAUCAGUGGGAGGCAUCCAGUUCAUCACCUGGAUGUCAAUCAUUAGUUUAUUUUCUUAAUACAUGAAGGUUUGCUGCCCCACUGCCUGAUAAUUCAACAUCUACACCAGAGCUACAGAGAAUUAUGGUAUUCAUACUGGGAAUAUAGCAGUCUGGUCUCAUGGUUGGAGCACAUUGUUUUUGUACAUUUUAGAUUCUCAAUAAAUAAGUCAGAAUAAUAA